AGUCGAUUUGGGGCGUGGAUGAGAUGUCCAUGCGAUGGCAGGUCCAAAAAGAAAAAAAGAAAAAGACAUCACUUGUCUCAGAGAGGAAGAGGCUGACGGGACCGUUGUACUGGAUCGAGGAGCUGGUCUUUGAAUUUGCUUUGCUCUGCGUUAUCUUUUUUUGUGAAUGAUUUGCAUGAUUGUGUUCGGGAGGAUCGUGUCUAUCGUUUAUGAUUUGUCUUUCGGGUCUGAUAUCUGGCGCAAUCAGCGGGAUAAUGUUGCUGUUGGAUGUUCCGUGAACUUCAGGUGUUCUCGCUCGAUCUGGUUGCUAGCUUUGUCAGAAAGCUGGGUCAGAAGGCGCUAUUGGCUUAGGGGUUACUGUUCAUUUUUAUUGCUCUUUUUCUUUUUUGGAUGUGAUAUAUCUCCAUGUUUGGUAAAUGUGAUGUAGCAAUCGAUAAGAAUAAGAUAUCAUAUGCGUACAGA